GGCGGGGCGGGGCGGGGGAUGCGCCCCUGCGCCCAAUUAGUCUCGGCUUUUCUCCUUCCGCGCAGUCUGCGUUUCCGCUUCCCUCCGGGGCGCGGGGCAAGAGGGAGGGAGGCCGAGCCUCGGCCCUGCAGCCGCCGCCAUGUGGCCCCCAGACCCCGACCCGGACCCGGAGCCCGCCGCCAGCUCCCGGCCGGGCCCCGCGGUCCCCGGGCUCCGCGCCCUGCUGCCGGCGCGCGCCUUCCUCUGCUCGCUCAAAGGCCGCCUCCUGCUGGCGGAGUCGGUUCUGUCCUUCAUCACCUUCAUUUGCUAUGUGGCAUCCUCAGCGUCUGCCUUCCUCACCGCGCCUCUCCUGGAGUUCCUGCUGGCCCUGUACUUCCUGUUUGCUGAUGCCAUGCAGCUGAACGACAAGUGGCAGGGCUUGUGCUGGCCCAUGAUGGACUUCCUGCGCUGUGUCACUGCUGCGCUUAUCUACUUCGCCAUCUCCAUCACCGCCGUCGCCAAAUACUCGGACGGGGCUUCCAAGGCAGCUGGCGUGUUUGGCUUCUUUGCCACCAUCGUGUUUGCUAUUGACUUCUACCUGAUCUUUAACGACGUAGCCAAAUUCCUCAAACAAGGGGACUCCGCAGAUGAGCCCACAGCACACAAGACAGAAGAAGAGAGCUCAGACUCGGACUCAGACUGAAGUCCUAGCCGUGUCCUGGCAACCUGAGCCACAUGGGGCCUCCACCCUGCACCUUCCUGACAUGGCUGCCCGGGGACACAGCACGUCGGAAGGGAGGCUGUGACUUCUCCAGUAGUUGCUGUCGCUGGGGGCCUGCCCACAGCCUCAAGGUCACACCUGAGCCCAGCAUGCGAGACUGAUCCUUGGCUUGGCACUGUUAACCACUCUGCACCUGUGGGCACCUUGAAUAUUCCUCCCCGUUUCUGUCCCCCAGACCUUAAGCCCUUUAACCUCUCUGCCAAAACAAGCACAAGCAGCAGUCGACAGAGCCUGUUGCCACCUGCUGCCAUCGGCAGUUCAUGCUGCAAAGUGGGGAGUGCAGGGGGUGUCACCUGUGUUUUGCCAACAGGGACAAAUACAGAAACCCCCACAUGGCCGCAGUGGUUUUCGUCUGCACGUGGUGCUCCUGCUCACGCCACGCACUUGGUCAAGAAGGACUGUCGCGAUAACUUUUGUUCAAGGAGCACCGGUUCCCUCUUCCUUCUAGAAGCAGGGAGAAAACUGACCUUUGCCUUAUCUGGGAGAGAGGGUCUCAUCGCCCAUUCCUGAUGCCUCACACCCUGGGAAACCACGUCGUCUUCGAGUGAGAUGGCCAUUCUGGGUCUGAAACUGACAAAGAGCAGCUCGAAAACUAGCUUCCCAGGUCCAAAAGACAGAGGGUCCCAAACAAUGAUGCAGCAGUGACAGUGUCACGGGUGGCUGGGCGGGCCCAGCAAACCCUCUAGACUACCAGAGCAGGUCUCCUGACCACCUCACAAGGUGAGACGAGCCUUUUGUGUUCACCUAAGGACUUAUACUGUGUAUCUAUAAUGAGAUUUUGUAACUUUUUAUAGUUUUUUUUAUAUAUAUAUAUACACAAAAGCAGCUUCUUAACAAUUGGCAUUUCCUAUGACCCUAAGCCUUAUGAACAAACCAGAGUUCUGGACCCAUGUUUUGGGCAUUUGUAACCUUGCUCUCUUGCAUGUGAAUCCCCUACCCUGAAAAAAGCCAUAACAGAUUAAACCAGAA